CGACCUCUUUAGGUCGAGCCGCCGCUCCCCGCCUGUUCUCGCGAACCGAAGCCGAAGGAAUCGUAGUAUGUCGUCGUCUUCUUCGAGUCGAAGGGCUUCGCUUCCGCGGCGGGGCGUCGCCGACGGCGCCAGCGAGGGCGUCCUGGCCCGCGUGUCGAGCUCGAUCUCGCAGUCCUGGAUCGUCGCCCGGGGGAAGGCGGCCGCCGCCGAGACCGGCACCGUGGCGAAGAAGCUCCUCCGGAGCACCGGCAAGGCCGCCUGGAUCGCCGGCACCACUUUUCUCGUCCUCGUCGUCCCCCUCAUCAUCGAGAUGGACCGCGAGCAGCAGCUCAACGAGCUCGAGAUGCAACAGUCCACCCUCCUCGGCACCCCCACGCCGCCUCAGCCCUACGCCUCCGCGGCCCCCGCCAAGUGAACACGACGAUCAGGUCAGCGCCCGAUCUCGCCCCCCUUGAUCUCCGCUGCGGAUCAUAUGCUUCUUCUUGGGGCUUAGGUCGGCGGUCAUCUUCUUGUCUUGGAAAUAAGGAACUAUCAUGUGUCGGUUUGAUGAAUUAGGGUUUUGUUAGGAACUGGUAAAUUUCUCUUUCUUUUUGAAUCAAAAUAUUCAUCUUGGUUUCA